AAAGGGAAAGGAGGAAGGAAGGAAGAACCUGUUUGAAUUUGAAGUCCAGGGUUAAGAUUCCCCAAUGCACUUGACUUUUCUUCUGGGUUUUGACUAACUGAAAGGCCCUCCUAGUAUGUGUUCCUAUUACAUCUACUUCUGUUUUAUCCUGUCAGCCUUUCAAAAUGACCAGUUUGAAUUGUAGCCAUUCAGUUUUUGCUGUGAAUGGUUGCAUUGGUGCAGCUUUGAACCUAACACUGUCUCACAUGUCCAUGGAUUGGGACUUGAUUACACUGGAUCCAUGUGUCUACAGAACCAGCUCUGAAUUGGCCUUUCAGGGGCUUCCCUGUGUAGACCAUGCUGCCCUCAAACUCAGGAUCGUCUUCUUCUAUCCACUGGGAUUACAGAAAUGCUGCCAGAAACCGGUAGACAAAUACAUUGAGUACGAUCCUGUGGUCAUCUUGAUUAAUGCUAUCCUAUGUAAAACCCAGGCCUAUCGGCAUGUGCUCUUCAACACAAGGAUAAAUAUCCAUGGAAAACUCUGCAUGUUUUGUUUGCUUUGUGAGGCAUACUUGAGGUGGUGGCAGCUGCAAGACUCAAACCAACACACGGAUCCUGACGACUUGAUCCACUAUGCCAAGGAGUGGGAUUUCUACAGGAUGUUUGUGAUUGCUUCUUUUGAACAAGCCGCCUUUUUCAUUGGCAUUUUUACUUUCCUGUGGGUAGAACAACCCAUGACAGCAAAAAAAAAGCCCACAUUUGUUUUACUGCUGAAAGCGCUGCUGUUGUCCAGCUAUGGGAAGCUCCUACUGAUCCCAGCCAUCAUCUGGGAACACGACUACACACCUCUGUGCCUCAAGCUCAUUAAAGUGUUUGUCCUGACAUCCAAUUUCCAGGCAGUGAGAGUGACUCUGAACACCAGCCGCAUGCUCUCCCUGCUGGCAAUACUGAGCGGCUUGCUGAUGGAGAGCAUCAUGGUCUACCUCUUCCAGAGGAUGAAGUGAAAUGUAGGCAGUGACUGUGCAUCUACAAGUCUCAGGACUUCUGAAGCUUUGUUCUUUACUCUGUGGAGUCCAGCAGCAUGGAAAAAGAAGACAUGACAGGCGUCAGGCUCCUCACAUUGUGUGAGUGGAGUGACACUAAAACUGAGGAGCACUUCUAAAGAAGGAAGCCCUGGCCCUCCCACCCCAGCUCCCCUGGGAAGUUCUGAACCACCUAGACACAGCACUGAAAACGCACAGCCAUGGGAGUGGCCACAGGCACUGGGUGAGAUGCAGGAAGACUGAGCAUCAUGGAGCCCCGGACAAGCACUGUUCUCCAGUAAUGAAGGAUCUGGCUUCUAGUCCUUUGAUGUGAUUGUAUCUUUUAAAUCUAAAUAUUACAUUACUGGCUGAAAAUAUUUUGUGUUCUUCCAACAGGGGAAAUACUUUUUAAAUAGUUUUUCAAUAUAAACCAAGUUCCUGUAUAUUUUCAAUUCAGUAACUAAGUUCCUCUUUUAAAUUGGCUGAUCCAGAAUAAAACUACUGGAUGGUACAA